AUGAACGUCCUCAAACUUCAGAGGAAGUUCCCUCAAUUCCAACAGAAUGACAUAUUCGGCCUAGCAGAUGCCUUUCGCAAGCUCGACGUCGACGACAAGGGAUACCUCGAUGAAGCCACUGCCAUCAAGGCCACGCAGGCCAGCGAGCGUCAGCCUUACGAUGUUGUGCGACAGGCACUGAAGGAGGUCGAGCUGGACUCGUCCAGGCGGGUCGAGCUUGAGGAUUACGUUGGUCUCGUCGCCAAACUUCGAGAGUCCUCACCAGCCCAGCAGCGCAUGGCCACCGGUGGUGCUGCCCCCGCCUCGCCCGGCGUCGUGUCACAGCGCACAGGUGGUCACGCCCAGAAGAGCAGCAUCAGCGGCAAGAUUCAAGUCCAGGGCUCGAAUGCUAACAUCACUCACACCAUCAACGAAGACGAGCGCACUGAGUUCACGCGCCACAUCAACGCCGUCCUCGCCGGAGAUGCCGACAUUGGCGACCGCCUGCCCUUUCCCACCGACACCUUCGAGAUGUUCGACGAGUGCAAGGACGGCCUGGUGCUAGCCAAGCUCAUUAACGACAGCGUGCCGGACACCAUCGACGAGCGUGUAAUGAACGUGCCUGGCAGGAAAAUCAAGAAGCUCAAUGCCUUCCACAUGACCGAGAACAACAACAUCGUCAUCGAGUCCGCCAAGGGUAUCGGCUGCUCUGUGGUCAACAUCGGUAGCGGGGACAUCAUCGAGGUCCGGGAACAUCUGAUUCUGGGCUUGAUCUGGCAGAUAAUCCGCAGAGGUCUCCUGGGCAAGAUCGACAUCAAGCUUCACCCUGAGCUGUACCGGCUGCUCGAGGAGGACGAGACACUGGAGCAGUUCCUGCGAUUGCCUCCAGAGCAGAUCCUACUGCGGUGGUUCAACUACCACCUCAAGGCUGCCAACUGGCCCCGCCGGGUCACCAACUUCUCCACCGAUGUCAAGGAUGGCGAGAACUACGCGGUGCUCCAGGCACAGAUCGGCUCUGAGUACGGCUGCUCCAGGGCGCCGCUCCAGCAGCGCGACCUGCUGCAGCGUGCGGAGCUGGUUCUGCAGGAUGCUGACAGGCUUGGCUGCCGCAAGUUCUUGACACCCAAGUCCCUUGUCGCCGGAAACCCCAAGCUGAACCUGGCCUUCGUGGCGAACCUGUUCAACACACACCCUUGCCUCGACCCUAUUACGGAAGAGGAGAAGCAGGAAGUGGAGGACUUUGACGCAGAGGGUGAGCGCGAAGCCAGGGUGUUUACCCUGUGGCUCAACAGCCUGGACGUCCAGCCCCUGGUGCAGUCCUUCUUCGACGAUCUCCGCGACGGUACAAUAUUGCUGCAGGCAUACGACAAAGUCAUCAAGGGCUCUGUCAACUGGCGGCACGUCAACAAGGCGCCAGCACACGGCGGCGAGAUGCUGCGGUUCAAGGCCGUGGAGAACACCAACUACGCGAUCGAGCUAGGCAAGCAGAAUGGGUUCUCGCUAGUCGGAAUCCAGGGAGCCGAUAUUACCGACGGACAAAAGACCCUGACACUGGGCCUGGUAUGGCAGAUCAUGCGCAAGAACAUCACCCUGACGCUGUCUAGCCUCGCGCAGCGCCUCGGCAAGCGCGAAAUUACCGACAGCGAGAUGGUCAAGUGGGCCAACGAGAUGUCUCGGCAGGGUGGCAGGGGCUCGACGAUCCGAUCCUUCAAGGAUAACAGCAUCGGCACUGGUGUCUUCCUGCUGGAUGUACUUAACGGCAUGAAGAGCAGCUACGUCGACUACGACCUCGUCACACCAGGCCACAGCGAUGACGAUGCGUAUAUGAACGCCAAGCUGAGUAUCUCGAUCGCAAGAAAGAUGGGCGCGACUAUCUGGCUGGUACCUGAGGAUAUUUGCCAGGUCCGGUCUCGCCUGGUGACGACUUUCAUUGGUUCCCUCAUGGCUACCUACGAGAAGAUGCAGUAACAAGGUGCAGUGGGUGGUUGCGUGCGCUUAGGGAAGAAGGGCGCAUCCUUUGGGAGAAAAAGUUCCGGGUCUUGAUGCUAGCGCUCUCGGGGUUUCCUCUCGUAUUAUCUCUGCACUGGACUUUGACGAUCUUUGAUUGUUUGGUAUUAUUCUAGGGGGAAAUGUCGCUUGCCCUUCAGUAGGCAGGACGAAUUCAUACCUCAGAAUUUCUGGUGGCUGGAGCUUUUCGCCCUCUUGUUCUUAUCACUUGGUGAAGAUCCAAAAGACGAUCGCCUUGUGGCACCGUGUUCUGACCAAAUAAAGACAUGAAUAAUUAUUAUCC